CUCCUCCUCCACUUUUGCUAGAUCGGUAGAACAGUGCAGAAGAUAGCCUCCCCCAUCUCUCGUGAGGACUAAAAAGGAAACGCUUGCUACGUUGGCUAGUUUAUUCCAAACCAAAGCUGUUUUUCUAGCUACAGUGAGCACUGAUUUGACAGACAAGCAAGAGACAGCAUUUGUUGAGGAUUCCAUAAACAACUUGAGAUAUUUACUAGUAUAUUAUCUAAUUUAUAAACCACAACGUAAUCUACAGUGAUGCCAUCCGAUAGACCAUUCAAACAAAGAAGGUCAUUCGCUGAUCGUUGCAAAGAAGUGCAUCAAAUCCGUGACCAGCACCCCAACAAAAUCCCAGUAAUCAUUGAGCGUUAUAAGGGAGAGAAGCAGCUGCCUGUGUUGGACAAGACAAAGUUUCUUGUCCCUGACCAUGUCAACAUGAGCGAGUUAGUGAAGAUAAUCAGGCGCCGGCUGCAGCUCAACCCCACGCAGGCCUUCUUCCUCCUGGUCAACCAGCACAGCAUGGUGAGCGUCUCCACGCCCAUCUCUGAGAUCUACGAGCAGGAGCACGACGAGGACGGGUUUCUCUACAUGGUUUAUGCCUCUCAGGAGACUUUUGGAUACUAGGAGUGAGGGAAGUCUGGUCAAAGAUAUCGGUGAGAUAGGAGGCACAGGGGUACAGAGAGAGGCGAGGUAGCGUUAGGUCAAACCCAGCUGUAUGUGUUUCUAUUUUGCCCCCCGGAUGAUUGAGUUCCCUUACGGAUAAUUAAACAGACACCACCAUGUCUUUUCAUGACACUAGUAGGUAAACAGGAACGCUAAGUGCAACAUCCCCCUCCCUCUUUUCCCCCCGUUAUUCGUUGGAAGUACAUUUCUAUUAGGAGUCUUUUUUUCCUUUAGUCAUAGGCUAGUGUUUUUGGCCCAUUGGUUUUGAUUUUAUAGUUCAUUAUUUUAUCUCCAACUGGGACCUGGUUUUUCAGAUAGAGUAGAACACUGUUAGUGUUUUUUUUAGGUGUUGUAACACCUUUUUACUUACGUGGUCAUAGGUGCUAUUGCCUAAACCAAUGGUUAUUAAUAUUGUCUUGAGUUUCCCCAAUAUUGACACAGCUUACCUUUCUGGCACAAGUCUGCCAAAAGUGAAUUAACUACACAACAAGACAUGCAAUUGCUCUACCAUAGGCUAAGCCAUCAAUAUCCCUGUACCUAAAUCUGCUAGCGCAUUGGGUAUUUUAGGUUGUUCUCCCCUCUCCCUCCAUUUAAGUACUGUUUAAUAAUCAAUCAGAUUAAUCAAAUUUGUUUGUCUGUCACCUUUUAGCAGUUGACUGGUUUCAUGAGCAAGAUGACCAUCCGUACAGUCAUAACAGGUAGUGGUGGGUAUGUGUGUUGUGAUAUAAGCUAGUACUUAGAAUUGAGUAGUGGAAACAGAUGUAUAAUGUAGAAAUAAAUACGCUUCUUUGCACAUUUACAUUUAUACUAUUAUAAUAAGACUCAGUAUUGAAAAGAAAUAAAUGACUAACACAUUUGAUUCUUUUGUAUCUGAUAUUCUCUCCUUUACAACACUGUUCUGUACGUAUGCCUUUGGUAAAAUGACUUUUGAAACUAUGGGUUUGUGAUGCACUACUACAUACCUUGCAUGUUUUUCAUAGUUUUUUUGUAUUGAUUUUGGCAAUAGAUACAAUUAUUGUAAGUGUAUUAAAACGUUUAUUUUUAGAACUGUUUCCAAACCAAAAACUGAAAAUGUAUGUUAACAAUUGUGUGUGUGUGUAUAAACCAUAAAAUACUGAUGUGUUUAUUUAAAUUCCUCAAUUGUAACUAAUUCAAGGAUUAUAGCAUUGCUUCAAAUUCAUUCUAAGCAUUCGCUAAUAAAGCAAUUCGAAAUUUAAAUGAAUUGUUCUAGUAGUGGUUAACCAGUGUCAAUGUUGAGUACAAAUUAGGGGCAAGCAAUAACAGCCUUCAUAUUACUGAUAAUCUGGGCAGAUAUAUACAUUUGCAUAACAGCAGCACCAUCACCACGGGUGUAUUGUAUGGUGUGAGCAGUCAGUCAAAAUAAUAGUUUAUUUUGUGUUUAUACUUGUGGAAAAUAAAUUCUGAUGGAUAUACUUUC